GGAAACAGUGCCCGCCGCACCUUCAGACCCUCACUCAUAAAGGUUCGUCGAAAAUAAUUGGCGAAAAGACUGGAUCUUUAUCUGCAGCGAGGUGCUUUUGGAGGAGGAUAGGCAGGAUUCAGACAUCCAGCAGGAGAUGGGGCUCAAGAAGCCGCAGCCGGCGCCGGAGCCGGAGCCGGAGCCGCAGGUGCUAGUGCCGCCCGUCUUCGACUUCCCUCCCUUGGCCGCCCGCACCAGGAUGUUGGUCCCGGCAUAUGAGCUCAUGUUCGGGAAGCUCGCGCGACGCAGCCUCUUUGAUGACUAUUUCCAUUCUGGGGGAGUGGACGCGCAUAUUGUGUUGAAGCAGUUGGGAGAUUCUCAUGCUCAUCUGAAUGCCACUAUGUCGACAAAUGGGGGGGAAGCUCACUUUCGAUGGCAGAGGGAUUUGAACGACCCCCAUACAUUUGUGGACUUACUUGUGUCAACUUUGAAACCUACAAUGCGGCUGUCUUCAAGCGUUUACUAUCCCAAGUAUGGUAUUGGCGCCUUUGGGACGUUCCCUUUGAAUAUGGCAAACAGAGCAUGCUCAGCAGAUUAUGGCGUCAUGGGUUUAAGAUAUGGUUCAGAGAAUCUAUCAAUUGGGGCCUCCUUCGUCCCAUUUCCUUCGCCUGGUGAGGUACCCUACGAUGCAUGGUUGGCUGGGAGAAAAGGGAAUUUAAGUGCAGGCGUACAAUACAAACCACUAGGUUUGUGUUACUAAACUUUCACUGAUUUGUCAGAGCAAUAUAUUCUAG